UUGUGCAUUUGCUCCAGUUUGAAUUCCCUUCGCACACACACCUCGCUUCAUUGACUAGGAAAUCGUUUGGGUGUAUUUUUGCUUUUGGUUCUUAUAUAGGUUGACAGCAUUUUUUUGUUGGGAUUGUUUUUUUUUUUUCUAUUUUGUUUUAAUUUAUUGAAGCACUUUUCAAAAAGCGCGACAUUGUUGACCGGCCAUAUAGAUAAUAUUAAUAGCUUCUCAAGUGGUCAAGCCAAAAUACCGAGGAAAAUAGAAAAAAGGUGAAUGCCUCUCUCUAAUGGCACCUCCUAAUCUAUGUGAGGGCGCCCAAUGGUAGGCGUCGUCAUGUUCCCCCCUCAAAAAACAUUUGCGUGAAAGAUGUCACGCCAUAAACAUUGUUUAUUGAACCAUUAGGAUAGACGAUAGAGGCUAACGCUCGUACAAUCUGUGAGCCCAAAAAAAAAAAAAUAAUAAAACAGUUCAAUAAAAUGCUGUGACAAAUGAUCUGGUAAGGCAGUUCCGAACUGCAGCCCCAAUUGAGCUACCAAAAUUCAUUUUAAAUACGAAACUAAAAGUUUCAGAAAAUCGUAUAAUAGUGUUUUACGAUCAAAGUUUGGGAAUUAAUUGAAUAAUUGAGGUUUCAUUUGAUAUAUAGACCUUCUAGAACUGCAUUCAAAAUUGGAAAUUAAUUACUGAUAAAUUUAGAUGUAUAUAGAAUUAGAUUAUAUAAUAUAUAACCAUCGUAACUCGGGGACCACCCGAUGCAUAUAGUUUCAAAUUUAUAUAUAGACGUAAUCGUAAAUUUUUAGGCAAAACAUAGACAAAUAUGACUACAACUUUUCCCCUAAUGUCAUAUUGUAUAACAUAUAUAUCUAUAGUUUCAAUUCAGGUAAUUCAGUAUGUCUUCAACGCUACGCAAGACGGCGAGUGUUAUAUUCUUUCAUGGCUCGGGCGAUACGGGACCCAAUGCACUCGAAUGGGUGCGCGGUCUGAUUGGACGCGACUUUGCUGGUUCGCAUAUCCGAUAUCUAUUUCCCACAGCACCCGAGCAGAAGUAUACGCCAUUUGACGGCGAGAUAUCCACGGUGUGGUUCAAUCGAUCGACCAUUCAUAUCGAUGCGCCCGAAGAAGUGGAGAGCAUGUCGGAGAGUGACGACAUAGCCAAUGCACUCGUACAGAACGAAGUGGACCGAGGGGUGCCCACGAGUCGCAUCAUUGUCGGUGGCUUCUCCAUGGGUGGUGCUCUGGCUCUACACACAGGCUACCGCCUGAACACAGACUUGGCGGGCGUAUUCGCGCACUCUGCGUUCCUGAAUCGCGAAUCCGUUGUCUACGAGUCGCUGGCAGGUGCAUCAAAGCAUCCAGAAUUGCGCAUGUAUCAUGGCACAGAUGACGAUGUCGUUGAGUACGAAUGGGGUCAAGAUACCUUCGACAAACUGCGAAAGUUAGGCGUCAGUGGAACCUUUACCACCUUGGAUAAUACAGCCCAUGAGCUCAUGGAGAGCUCAAUGCUGGAUGUCGAGCAGUGGAUACUGGAGAAGUUGCCAUAGACUAGCAGUCGUUGCCUAACACUGAAUUCUUACUAACAUAAAUAAGCAACUAUGCAACACUGCAAAAAUUAUUUAUAAGGUAUUUUGCAACACUCUAUGCUAACUAGUUCAGCUGCUCUUUGCAUACUAUUUAAAUGAACAUUAUUUAAAAUAAACUUUAGCCGUUUUCCAACACUGUUUGGUAUUGGCUAACCUUUUACGUUUAAUUGUCGCAAUUUUUUCUAUUUUUCCCUCUCUCUCUCUCUUCCUCGCUUUAUCCAUUAGCAAUUGAGUA